AUGGUUACUCUUGGAAGUGGAGCGGUUGAAAGUAAGAAGCACCGACAUAAGAAAAGGCACAAGGAUGAUAAGAACCAAGAAGAUCAGAAAGGAGGAGGCCUUCAAAAGAAAGUAGAGAACGAACUUGAGAAGAGUAGGCUUACUGAAGAACAUGGGCAUCCGAUUAGAUCUCAGAACUCUUCUGACAGCACUCUUAGCAACACCAAAAGACAGAAGCUGAACUCACCCCUUGAUGGUGAGAAUAAUUCUAGAACUAGCAUCCGGAUCUGGUUGCCUCUCCAAAGGCAAAAUGAUCCAGAAGUGUUACCCAGCAGGGAACAGCCUUGCUCUGCCUCUGGGGGGAUUGACGACGCCUGUACUCAAGUGAUGCAGGAACAUGCUCAUAGAAUAGGUUUGGAAGAGGGAGAACUUCCUUGUUCUACUUCCAAAGAGAUGUGUUCAGAACUCAUGUUAAGGCUAAACGAAGAAAAGCCUUGCCUCUCUAUAAGAGUGUCUCAAAGUUCUGCUCAGAUGGCUGAGAUAGUUGUGCCAUCAAGUUUGUGUGAUCGCUGCUCCCCUCAGUUAGCAUUAAAAUGCAGAGAUGUCAUUAAGAAUUGGGUUACACCUCCAACGGAACUUGACUGCACUUUUGAUGAUAAGGAAUGGCUAUUCAGGGCAAAGCAGGAUCAGAUAUGUGGAGCCAAAAUUGGUGAAGUGGGUAGUCUUGGUUUACCUCUUUGA